ACCUGCAUUCCUAUUCCAACUAUACGGAAUAUCAUCAGCCAUCAUGCGCGUCAUACUUUCCAAUCUGGCACUCUUUGCCUGUGUCUCUCUAGCCGCCCCUGCCCCAAACGCCGCAACGUCCACGAAAGAAACGCGUAGCCUCGACGAAAUCUAUGAGGCAGCUGUUGCUGAAGGUGGCAUUGUCACUCUUUUUCAGGGCGGUGACGAAAAGUCUCAGGCAAACGCCCUGAAGAGUGCCUUUGAGACACGAUUUCCUAAAAUGACUCUGAAUGUCACAGUCGACCUUUCCAAAUACCACGAUACAAACAUAAAUUUGCAACUCGCAAACGACAACGUAUACGUGGACAGCGUCAUCCUUCAGACGCUUCAUGAUUUCCCCCGCUGGAAGAAGGAAGGCGCUCUGAUGAAUUAUGCGCCAUUGAACUUCGACAAAGUUUAUCCUCAGUUCAAGGAUGCAGAUGCAGCCUACAGUGGACUGUUUAUUAUUUCUUGGGGUAUCGCUGCCAACCCGAACAAAACGAGCGCAGUACCCACUGCAUACGAAGAUUUCAUCAAACCCGAGUUCAAGGAUAAGCUCGUUCUGACUUAUCCUAACGAUGACGACGCGGUCUUGUUCCAGUUUGACACCAUCUUGGAAAAACUAGGCAUGGAAUGGUUCGACGCCCUUGUUGCCAACAACCCCCGCUGGGUACGCGGCACACAAACCCCAGCAACGAUUCUCAAAAUGGCAAACAGCACCAGCGUAGCAACAUUUACUGUCAGCUAUGGAUUCACGAAUAGCACGGGAGCGUCAUAUGCACUACCCACUGAUGCCAAAUUCGUCUCUUGGCCUCAGACUGGCGCCAUCCUGAAAAAGGCACCGCAUCCAGAAGGCGCAAAGUUGCUCCAUAGCUUCAUGCUCAGCGAUGACUACCAGAAGGCUAGAGCUGGGUGGAGCGUUCGCGAGGACAUUCCGGCGGCCAAUGGCCAUCAUAAAAUUCUUGAGGAGCCUAACACGGAUGCAACGGCAUUUGCCAAGUUUAUGGCAGACCGUGCGAAUGUCGAGAGAGCUAGGUUCUUCUACGAAUCUAGACUUGGUACCGCGCAAGGUCUCAGCCCGCUCAUUGACGGUAUUUGAGCAUAUGCUUGCAGUGGCAAUGAUGAUCGCUGUAGGAAGUUGGGGGUAAAAAUGUAAAUAGGAUAUUGAUGUGUAUAUUCUGUUCCACGAUUUUAGGCUGUGCUUCUCUAGUCUCUACGCCGUAACUAGGGCGAAACGGCUAAAUGCGUUGGUCUAUGCGAUCAUUAGGAGUUAUAGAAAGCAGUUUACUAUAGACCUUAUCUGGGAGUAGCAAUAUGUGCAAGAACGAAUUUACAAAAAGAAAAUGAGCA